AUGGAUUCCCAAGCUCCCACAGAUGACACAGUCCCUGAGACUGAGGAGGAGCCCUGGGCGAGUGAAGCUCUCGCAGAUCAGACGGCCACCACUAAGCCCGACACCAACAACAACGAGGUCACGGCCGGACCCAGUGGAGCCAGGGACGCCGCACCCGGCCAAGAGCACGAUGAUGACGCAGCAUCCGUAGCCAGCAGCGCACUCACAGAGGACUGGAAGCGCUCCUUUGACGAUGACCUCGCCGAGGCACUCGCCGGCAUCCAGACACAGGGCACCUUUGCCUCGUUCCACCCCCUGAGGCGCGUGGACCCGGAUCUCUGGGUCCAAGAUGUCGGACCCAUCGGCUUGCCGCUGCCGGAGCCGGCGGUGCAGCAGCUGAUUGAGAAGGCCACCUGUGCUCCGUUUGGUAAGGGAAGUGAGACAAUCGUCGACAUCGCUGUGCGCAACACAUGGGAGCUGGAUUCCUCGCAUUUCGAGCUCCGGAGUCCGCGCUGGCCGGUGGACCUGCAAAAAAUUUGUGCUGUUGUGGCACAGGAUUUAGGCGUCAAGUCGCCUGUGACGGCGGAGCUGUAUAAGUUAUUGAUUUACGAAAAGGGGGCCAUGUUCAAGGCUCAUACCGACACCGAGAAAUGCCCCGAAAUGUUCGGCACGCUCGUCAUAUGCCUUCCCUGCGGCCACAAGGGGGGCGACAUAGUCGUCAAGCACUGCGGUGAGACAAAGACAUUCAAGACCUCGGGGGCAGACCAGUCCUUUGCGUGCUGGUACUCGGACGUCCACCACGAGGUUCUGCCCGUCACGGAAGGCUACCGCGUGGUGCUCACGUACAACCUAGCCGUCGAUCCGGCGGCGGCGGCGGCCUCGCAGCAGCGGCCCUCUGCGGCGCUGCGGAGGCAAGAGACCCGCGAGCUGCGGCACACGCUCCGGCGAUGGCUGGAGCACCCCGAGGACGGCGGCGAGGUCGACCACGUCUACUACGGCCUGGACCACGAGUACACCGAGUCUAGCAUCUCGAUGAAGGCGCUCAAGGGGCGCGACGCGGCUGUCGUGCAGACGCUGCAGGAGCUUUCGGCCGGGCUCGAGUUUGAUGUCCUCCUGGCGCUGACGGAGAAGAUGGAGAUGGGGCCGACGGCGCACGAGAGCAAUGCGCGGUAUUCGAAGAAGAAAUGGAGUCGGCGUCGGAAGCGGAAGCGGCCGAUUGAUUCCUUUGGUGAUUUUGAUGGAAUGGAUGGAUACGAUUCGUGUGGUGUGCCGUAUGAGGAUUAUGCAUCUAGCUCGGAUGGUUUUGAGGAGGAUCCUAAUGAGGCGAAUUUGUCCCAUGACAUCGAGGAUGUGACGGACGAGUCGUUGUCUGUCAAGGUGCUUGUGGACUUGAGCGGGCGCCCGAUACUUCGUGAUAUCGCGUUGGAAUGGAAAAAUGUUCUCGACGCCAGCGAGUUCUUUGAAGGCGUUGAACGGAAGGAAGAGUAUGAGGGGUACCAGGGCAACUGGGCCGCGCUCAUCAUUCGCCGGGACAGGAUCCCUUCGUUCCUCAAAGCUAGUACGAGGUCGAAGUGGGAUCACUACCAGGACAGCGCUGUACUGCUCGAUUAUCUCACAGAUUCGAUCCUCAAGGCCGCGUCGAAUAGCAAGUCGUCCUUUGAGACACUUAAGGACAUAUGGGAUACGUCGGUUCCUCGUCAAGGCAGGCGUACCAAAAAGGCUGAAGACGAAAUCCUGAGCAAAGUGUUAAGGUCUGCUUUGGCUAUGAAGGAUUGGGACUUUUUUGAGAAAGUAAGCAAGAAAAAGGCCGAAAGGGGGCUGGAAGGGCCACUGCCCGCUGGCUACUAUCAAUUACUCUACGCAGAGGUCUCGCAGGGCAAAGUGGACUUUUCUCAGAUCAAAAACGGGGGUCGGCAUUGCUUCGAGAUCUUUGAGGCAGUUAAGGCUUUUGCCCCUAUCGACCAGCCUCUGUCUGACGAGAUUCGGGAGUGGGCACGAGCAACGCUCACCAAAGGUGUCAAGGACAUUGCUGAUACCGCAAUCUUCGUCCGACAAGAUGGUCUGGCUUUAGUGACGGGCGCUGAGAAGUAUGCUGACUUUGAAUGGCUUUCCUCUGUGGCGAUGCCCUUGAUGACGGAGCUACUUGUACGCACGCCAGCUUUCGCACUAGAGUUCCUAUCAGAGCUGCUCUCCUGCGCCAGACGGAAGGUUUUCCCGGUGACUCUGGCGGUCAACUUGUACAAGAAGCUCGCCAAAGGCCUCACCUCUAUGCUCGACCUCGAAAGGGUCCACGGCCCCAGGGAAGACGACCCAGUCCACAAGGCGGCGAGGUUCACAUACGGCCAGACGGCGCCCUCUGCCCCCGACCACCGCCUCGCCUUGAACCACGUCGCCCUGGCAGACCUCUUCUCCGGUCUUAUCAAGCUAGCAUCCUCCCCUCCGCAAGAGGACCUAGUCCUGCCACUGGCCCUCAAGAUUGUCAGCCACGCCCCCAAAAUGCACGCCCUCGACUUCCCCGUCCUCUGGAUCCCGCUCCUGCGCGAACUCCUCACCAUCCUGGAAGCCACCAAGACACCCCUCGACACCCCACGCUACCAACAACUCUUCGCCGCCGUCCUCGAAGCUUACCGCGACAACUACGUCGGCUCGAGAUCAGUCCGUCCGCCCGCCGGCCAGCUGGGAAGCGGCAUGUACCUCGUGCAGUUCUGCACCUGCGGCGAUUGCAGCAAACUGGACAACUUCCUCGCAAACCCGGCGCAGACGUCACUCCGCCUGACCAUUGGCGCCAAGAAGCAGCGACACCACGUGCACAGGGUGAUCGAGGAGAACGACAUCCGUGUUACGCAUGAGACUGAGCGAUUUGCGCCUGGAGGGCCCACGAUGGUGAUCAACAAGGUGGGGCAGACGGAUGUCGCGAAGCAGCAGGUGAGGGCCAAGGAGGCAGAGGAGGCCUUCCAGGCAUUUGAUCAGACCAAGUUGGGGGUCUUGCUGGGUGAGGAUUAUCCUGCUAUUGCGACAGCAUUAUGGCAGCGACCGGUAAAUUUGGUGCCCGGGCGGGGUGGUAUAACGUAUCCGCCGGCACCGAUCCCAGUUCCAGCACCAGUUCCAGCUCCGGCUCCGGUUGCGGCUCCGGUUGCAGCUUAUGUUCCCGCUCCUGUUCCUGGUCCAGGACCCGCUGCAGCAGGUUAUGUACCGCCGGGGCACGCCAUUGUGCCGGCAUUCGGGCCUGCGUGGGUUCCACCGCCCACGAACAGACAUCAGCCGAUGACUGGGUCUGCCCGCGGCCCGCCGCCGUCGUUUUUUAAUGCGCCAGCAGCCGGACUAUCGUCCGUUCCACCGCCCCUAAACGAUGCUCAACCGAUGAAUGGUCCCCAGCCGAUUCACGGGUCGGCACGGGUGUCUGCAGGAGUACGAGCAAAACACAGGGCUUUUGCGCCGACAACGGGCAAUGCGGGAUGGCCGUCGCGAUCACCGCCCUCGAGUCUGAACGGUAUGGGUGUAGCUGCGGCUCCUGGGCCAAGUCGGCCUCCGCCACCUGUUGCUGGGGCGAAACGGAAAGCAGAGCCAGAGAUUAUUGAUUUGACUUAG